GAAAGGAAGACGAACAUGGGAGACGCGGUGGAAGAACGACUCAUGGAGUCCCUACGCUCCGCAGUAUUUAAAGAAUCGGAAAACCUAGAAGGAACUUGUGUGAAAAUUGAGGGUUACGACUUCAAUAGGGGUGUAGACUAUGCUGAGCUCCUCAACUCCAUGGUCUCUACCGGGUUUCAGGCCUCAAAUCUCGGUGAAGCCAUUGAAGUCAUCAACCAGAUGCUAGAUUGGAGGCUCUCCGAUGAGGUCCCAGCCGAAGAUUGCGGCGAGGAGGAGAGGAAUCCAGUAUACAGAAAGUCCGUGAGAUGCAAGGUCUUCCUUGGUUUUACUUCUAAUCUCAUUUCGUCAGGUGUUCGAGACACGGUUCGGUACCUUGUGGAGCAUCACAUGGUAGAUGUGGUGGUUACUACAGCUGGUGGUAUAGAAGAGGACCUUAUAAAAUGUCUUGCACCCACUUAUAAAGGUGAUUUCUCUUUGCCUGGAGCUUACUUACGCUCGAAAGGAUUGAACCGUACUGGUAAUUUGUUGGUGCCUAAUGAUAACUACUGCAAAUUUGAGGAUUGGAUUUUACCAAUUUUUGAUCGGAUGUUAGAAGAACAGUCUACAGAGAAUAUACUCUGGACACCAUCAAAGGUGAUUGCUCGAUUAGGGAAAGAAAUAAAUGAUCAAAGUUCAUAUCUAUACUGGGCUUACAAGAACAAUGUUCCUGUCUUCUGCCCAGGCUUAACAGAUGGUUCCUUAGGGGACAUGUUAUACUUCCAUUCCUUCCGGAAUCCUGGGUUAAUUAUUGACGUUGUGCAAGAUAUAAGAGCCAUGAAUGGGGAAGCAGUUCAUGCAAGCCCUAGGAAGACGGGCAUUAUAAUUCUUGGUGGUGGGCUGCCCAAGCAUCACAUAUGUAAUGCCAAUAUGAUGCGCAAUGGUGCAGAUUAUGCUGCUUUCAUCAAUACAGCUCAAGAGUUUGACGGUAGUGAUUCUGGAGCACGUCCUGAUGAGGCUGUGUCAUGGGGAAAGAUACGUGGUUCUGCUAAGACGGUUAAAGUACAUUGUGAUGCAACAAUUGCAUUUCCUCUACUGGUUGCUGAGACAUUUGCUAAGAAGGCAAAAGAAUUUCUCAAGACAGAUAUCUAAGCAUCACUUGCCUGUCAUCACCAGAUGCAUUAUAAAAUAUCAGAUAACUAACCAUGAAGUUCACAGAAGGCAGAUGGUACUAUUUAAGCUUCCAACAUGCCCGAAUUGGAUUAUGGGGUUGGUGAAGAGGAGGGGAAAGAAAAUCCCUGAAGUCUUGAAAGGUGUCAAAUAUACAUUUUAGUCUUAUUUGAUGCAAGUUUGUAUACCGAUUGGUCACUUGUAUUCAACAGUCAUGAUGCAUA